AACGUUGUCACAUGAGGUUUUUGUUACCAAUCAUUUCCCCCUGCUAAAGCCACUACCUGUUUUUCUUUCUCUGUCAGUCACUUAUGCCUGUGCUCAGUGAAUCUUAACAUCUUACAUCUAAUUUUUGUAACGCACAGCCUCAUAAAAGUGCUUUUAGGUGUUGCUGUCGGGGGGUUUUGGGGGUGCUGGAUAUUUAAUAGCUCUGGAUAAAAGCAUCUGUUCAUUUAUGAAUCAAUUCUUUUAUUUCAGGUCAGACAUGAGGCUCUGCUUUCCUCUCCUGCUCUGCCUGGCAGCAGCCCUGUCCUCUGCCUUUGUGAUUUCAUCUCCACACAUGUGGACCAAACUGAUCCUGACCCACCACUGGCCAAGCACCUUCUGUAGUAUGGAGCACUGUCAUCCCAACAUUAGCUACUGGACACUACAUGGACUCUGGCCAGAUAAAGGGAUUGAUUGCAAUUCGUCGUGGCAUUUCAACUCUUCUGAAAUAGAGGACCUGCUCCCUGACAUGAUGAAGAGUUGGCCUGACUUGCUUCACCCUCAGUCUCCUGGAUUCUGGAAGUAUGAAUGGCACAAACAUGGAACAUGUGCAGCUAAAGCACCUGCUCUGGAUAGUCAACAUAAAUACUUCAGCAAGGCACUGGAACUAUACCAUAAAGUGGAUUUGAACAGCAUCCUGAAGAAGUUUGACAUCAUCCCUUCUGAAAAAUACUACUCAUUCGCACAAAUUGAAGGAGUCAUAGAGAACUUCUAUAGCGUCAAACCUAAGAUCCAAUGUCUCCACCCAGAGAAUGCUGAGGUCCAGAUCUUGGGACAGAUCGAGAUCUGUUUCGACCAGGACUUCACCCUCCUGGACUGUGAGAGACAUUUUACCAUGGAAACCAUAUCUAAGGGAGAUUGGGACAAACUUGUACCUGUUGACAGAGCAUCUGGUUUCAGUGUGUGUGACCAUGAUGUGCCAGUUUACUACCCACCACUUAAAUAAGAGGAUAGAGGUUCACAAGAUGAAAUGCAACACUCACUACAAACCCUUUUUCACACACACAAAGACGUACAAACAAAUGUAUUCUUUGUUUGCUAGUCUGCUGUACUGUAAUUUAGCAUGCACGCACACACACACUGAUUAGCUAUAAUUUUUUGAUUUUUUCAGGCUUCACAAUGAACAUCAUAGCUUUAAUAAAUAUAGCCUAAUCAGUGCAACAUUUCUUUGCCUGGGAUCACCUUUAAGUGCAUUGUUCUUUCUAUGUCCUACAUACACACACACACACACACACACACACACACACACUUUCCACUACUACUUAGUGCUUUAAUGGAAUUAUGUCCCUUCCUGACUCUUACUAGUGGCUGAAUCUGAUCCCAGCUCAACAGGGGCAUUGUGGUGAGUUCAGGUCAGGCAGGCAGACAGACAGUUCGCUGUUCUUGUAACUUGUUGGCACAUGAGAUGAGCCUUUUGUCGUAUUUGCAGGUGACUUUUACUUCAUUGUUCUUGACUGUGUCCAUGUCACAUGCUAGUGCGUGUCCUGUUGUACCACACCUGUGUGCUUAUGUGCCAUCUCUUUUUUGCAGAGGUUAUUGGAUUUUUUUUAGUCAUUACAUAAAUACUUCAUCAGAUUUAUGGUAAUUAAAUGAAUGCAAUAACCUACAUAAAAAAAGCUGGCGUUCUUUAUUGUUAAAUCACUAUUAUUAGCUGCUAUCUAAUGUUUGCCAAGUAUACCAGCCAUUUUUAUUUCUAUCUCAGGAUAGCUGAAAAAACUACUGCACUGAUUUUGAUGAAACCCAUUAAAGUUUGGAGCCGAACUAAAUCACAUGGGAUGAUACACAAAUUAUUUGUCUUUAACAUUGCAAUACAUAAAAUGCUUAUUUUUCCAAGGACGUAGCAGAUGUUUUGCUAGACACUAUUUAAUCCUCCACUGAUUUGUAGGCAUUGAUGCUGUUUAGUAUUUUUGUACAUAGGUGAAUAAAUUACGUGUAAGCGGAAAAUUAUCGUCACAAGAGACAAAUGCUGAGGUGUGAAAUGACUGAGAUCAACAUUUGUACUGUCAUUUUUUAAUGUCAAUAAAACAUUUGCCAUGUUGCCAACCUGC